AUGGUGAUCUAUGGACCGUUAACGCCUGGCCAGGUGUCCUUUUUCCUUGGAGUUAUACCAGUAUUUGCUGCUUGGCUUUUUGCGGAAUAUGUGGAGCACCGAAAAAAUUGCUCGUCUCAUAAGCUAGGCAGGAACUCUGAUAUUAAUUUGGUUGAGUUGGGAGAAGUAGUCCAAGAAGAUGAUAAAGCGGUUCUACUGGAAGGAGGUGGGCUUCAGUCUGUACCCCCUAAAGUGCGGAGUUCGUCCGUGAUGUCCCAUGUUAUCAGGUUGCUUAUAUUGGAUGAGUCAUUCUUGCUCGAAAAUCGAUUGACUUUGAGAGCCAUAUCAGAGUUUGGUGCCCUUUUAAUCUACUUUUACCUAUGUGACCGUACAAACCUUCUCGGAGAAUCAAAAAAGAGUUAUAAUCGGGAUCUUUUCUUGUUCCUCUACUUCCUUCUCAUCAUCAUAUCAGCAAUAUCCUCGUUCAAGAUACACAAUGACAAGUCACCGUUCUCUGGGAAGUCAAUUAUGUAUCUAAACAGGCAUCAAACUGAGGAGUGGAAAGGCUGGAUGCAGGUUUUGUUUCUCAUGUACCACUACUUUGCCGCAACAGAAAUCUACAAUGCCAUAAGAGUCUUCAUCGCCGCAUAUGUGUGGAUGACAGGAUUUGGGAAUUUUUCAUAUUAUUACAUCCGCAAGGAUUUUAGCCUCGCCAGGUUUAUUCAGAUGAUGUGGCGGUUGAAUUUCCUGGUGUUUUUCUGCUGUGUCGUGCUUAAUAACAAUUACAUGUUGUACUACAUAUGUCCCAUGCACACACUUUUUACUCUCAUGGUAUAUGGGGCCCUUGGUAUUUUCAACAAGUAUAAUGAGCAUGGGACUGUUAUAGCUGCAAAAAUAGUUGCUUGCUUCUUGGUGGUCAUUCUUCUGUGGGAAGUGCCUGGGGUUUUUGAGCUCGUCUGGAGUCCCUUCUCUUUCUUGCUAGGAUACAGAGAUCCAGCUUCAAAAGUCCAACUUCCCGUUUUGCAUGAAUGGCAUUUCCGUUCAGGCCUUGACCGAUAUAUUUGGAUAAUUGGGAUGAUAUAUGCAUAUUACCAUCCAACAGUGGAAAGAUGGAUGGAAAAGUUGGAGGAAGCUGAAAUAAAGCACAAGAUAAUUAUCAAGUCUGCUGUCGCAACUGCUGCCUUGGCAAUUGGAUAUCUAUGGGUGGAGUAUGUGUACAAGCUUCCGAAAAUUACAUAUAACAAAUAUCAUCCUUAUACAUCAUGGAUCCCAAUCACAGUAUACAUAUGUCUGCGAAAUGUGACUCAGCAUUUCCGCUGCUACACGUUGACUCUUUUUGCAUGGCUCGGGAAAGUUACUUUGGAGACAUACAUCUCUCAGAUCCAUAUAUGGUUAAGGUCAGGCGUGCCAGACGGUCAGCCAAAGUUGUUACUUUCAAUAAUCCCAGAAUACCCCUUGUUAAACUUCAUGCUCACUACUUCCAUAUACAUUGCGGUGUCGUACAGGCUUUUCGAACUCACGAAUACAUUGAAAACGGCAUUUGUUCCGAUCAAGGACAAUAAGCGUCUCGGGCAAAAUCUAGCCGCAGGUGUGGUGAUUGGGAGCAUUUUAUAUGUUCUGGCAUUUGCACUGCUUAAAGUACCUCAAAUGAUGGUGUGA